AUGGCAACAAAAAUUAUUUACUUCACAGUGAACGGGAGACCAGAGCGAGCCGAAUUUCCGGUAAAUUGUCCAGCUCAGGAUGUCAAAGAUCUGUUCCGGUCUGCAGCUGAAGCAGGACCACAUGACAUACUUAAACUUUACAAUCCCAAAGGCAACAUUAUCAACAUCUCACCAAAUCUGGAGACUAACAAUCCAAACUCGUGCUACAAAUUGGAGGUGGUGGCCUCUGGCUGCAACAGUGAGCCAUUAGGUGUGGAGCUUGCUGGUGCACUAGGAAUCGACCUCUCAUUAAUGGAGAAAAGACUUCAAGGCCUGGAAAAGAAAAUCCUUAUUGAAGCAACAAAUACACCUACAAUCAUCUACGAAAUGAAGAAGCAAGUUGAUGCAUUCCGGGAGAAACUUGAGAGUGUGGAGCAUCUUAGCUGGCUUGGGUUAUUCAAGGACUUGUCGGAGGGAGCACAAAAACCUUCUCCAUUCUACCACAAGAGAACAUUGCGCAAAACAAAAGAGGAAUGCGAUCGUGUGCGCGAAACUUUCCUAAAAAUGAGCUCUCUGGAGGUAUCAGAGGAAGUGAGGCAGUAUUUAAAGACCCCAACAUUUGACAACUGGCAAUGGGAGGAUGCAGAGAUAAUGGUCCUCCUUCAAGUCAUGUACACGGACCUAGAUUUUAUCACUACCUACAAUAUUGAACCUGAAGUAUUACAACAGUUCCUGUUUGAAGUGUACCGCAGAUACAACAACAUUCCUUUCCACAACUUCAAGCAUUGCUUCUGUGUCACACAGAUGAUGUAUGGUUUAAUCUGGUUGACUGACCUGAGAAAUAAAAUUGACAGCAUUGAUUUGCUUAUCAUGCUGACCUCUGCAGUUUGCCAUGACCUUGACCACACUGGCUAUAAUAAUGCCUACCAGAUAAAUGCUCGGACAGAACUUGCCCUCCGCUACAAUGACAUCUCUCCUUUAGAAAACCACCACUGCGCUGUUGCUUUUGAUAUACUAGAAAAGACAGAAAGCAACAUCUUCAGAAAUGUGUCUCUGGACCAGUACAAACGGAUAAGAGAAGGCAUUAUUAAAUGCAUUCUGGCUACUGAUAUGACAAGACACAAUGAGAUCCUGAACAAGUUCAAGUCCAUUCUGUCUUCAUUUGACUUCGACAGCAAAGACCACAGAGAUGUGCUCAUGAUGAUUCUGAUCAAAGUGAGUGACAUCUCAAAUGAGGCACGGCCUAUGGAAGUGGCAGAGCCCUGGCUGGAUUGUCUUUUACAGGAAUUCUACAACCAGAGUGAUGUAGAGAAGCUAGAGGGUCUUCCUGUAACCCCUUUCAUGGAUCGGGACAAGAUAACCAAACCCUCAUCCCAAACUGGCUUCAUCAGAUUUGUGCUUUUACCACUCUUUGUAGAGCUGGCAAACCUCUUUCCCUGCCUUGAGCAACACAUCAUUGACCCAGUGCGGAAGGCCCUUGACUACUACACUGAGAUGGAGAAGGCCCUCGAGAGGGAGAAACAAAACAGGGCUCAAUGUGAAAAUGGAGUCAAGAGCAAAGAUAUACCAGUGGAUGAACUGAGCACAGAUGAGCACAAGAACUUUGGGCCCGAGACCUCAAAACCAAACACACAGGGAACUAUAGUGAACAAACUGAACUGUAUAUGUACCAAGUAA